CGGCGCCAUGUCGGUCACGCUCUCGCCCUCGAGCCAGCUCGGCUUCCAGCGCCCGCUCACGCAGCUCGUCAAGCGCUCGCUCGCCGUCAGCAACCACAACUCGCAGGCGGUCGCCUACAAGGUCAAGACGACCGCCCCGAGGCAGUACUGCGUCCGCCCCAACUCGGGUCGCAUCGAGCCGGGCGAGACGGUCGAGGUCCAGGUUCUCCUGCAGGCCAUGAAGGAGGACCCGGCGCCGGGCGCCAAGUGCCGCGACAAGUUCCUCGUCCAGAGCAUCAUCAUCACUCCGGAGCGCGAGGACGUCGCCCUCGCCGAGCUGUGGUCGGUCGUUGAGCAGGAGGACAAGUCGCGCGGCGAGGCGGCCCCGAGCCAGAUCCACGAGCAGAAGAUCCGCUGCGCCUACCUCCCCGCCGCUGAGCACGGCUCGAUCCCGGAAGAGACGACUGGGCACGACACGCCGCGCACCUCGAACGUUGAGCCGGCCUUUGCCUCGGCCGUCAGCCCCUCGUCGCACGCGUCGAGCACCCCGACCCAGCCGUCCGCCACGUCCGCCCGCGACGCCUCGCCCUCGCCGGCCCAGUUCCACAACUCGUCGUCGUCGUCGCCGGCGGCUUCGUCGCCCUCGCCCGCCAUGGCCGACAAGGCGCGCGACGUCGCCGCCGGUGCGUCGGGCGCGGCGGCCGGUGCGGCGGCGGCCGUCGGCCUCCCCGGCGUCGCCAACGCGAUCGAGCGCAACGCGCCCAUCCAGUCGUCGGGCGGGCCGGCCUACCUCUCGGCGUCGUCGCCCUCGGGCGCCGCCUCUUCCGCGCCCGCGUCGUCCUCUACGACGACGAAGGCGACGAGCGCGAGCACGAGCACGAGCACGGCGGCGGCUGGCGGGUCGGACGAGCUGUCGCGCGUGCGGUCGGAGCUCGCGGCGACCAAGGCCGAGCUUGCGCGCGUCAAGCAGCAGCUCGACGCGAGCGAGACGACGGCGGCGACGCUGCGCUCGCGCGGUGCGGGUGCGGGUGCGGGUGCGGGCGGAGCGGGUGCGGGCAAGGAGGCGAGCACGGCGCAGGCCGUCGUCGAGCUCAAGGGGCAGGAGGGCGUCCCGGUGCAGGUCGUUGCGGGCUUGAUGUUUGCCGCCGUCGUCGUCACCUACCUCACUUGCCGCGCCUGACCGCAGCCGCUUUUGCCCCCUCCCCCGUCUGUAACCUGUUGAUCUGUCUACACUCUUCCCCUCCCUUGCCCCCUGCGAGUCGCACCCCUCGCUUCCCCCCUUCGUCGUCUGCCUGCCCUCCCGCCUUUAUCUCUCGCCUCGCCUCGCCUCGUCGUUCCGGAUGCAACUCGCUCUCUCGAUCUCAA